ACCACGUGCAAGACUCAGAAAGCGCAUAGCAUGAACCCCUUUGGGCAAGCCUGAUAAGAAAGGCUGAAUUAUUUGCAGGACUGUCGAGAGCGAACUAUACUGAGAGCGACACUGUCGGCCGUCAUCUUUGAGCGGGGCGCGGGUGCCGACUCCGGUCUCGAUGGGAGGGUCAGGAGACCUGGUUGCUAUGCAACGCGUACGCUGCCCUUGUUUUCUAACAGAGAGGCAACGCUCGCCGGACCAAACCAUCCUCGAGGGUGAGGGGGGAAAUGGCGUUUUGCUCGAUUCUGCUGUAAGGAAGGGUGCUCGGGAUUCGUCAUGAAGCCACCUUUGAACCGGCACAGCUGUUUACAGCUUCAGGAUGGAAUGUAGACUGGUUGCUAGGCAACGCUUUGGCACCGUCGCCAUCUUUGAGUGGGGCACAGUUUAUUUAGAACGUAAAACAUCCUACCCUACGUGAUGGUUGCUAGGCAACGCCUUGGCUCGGUCACUAUCUUCAAGAUGGGCUUUUUAGUCUCCUCUUUAAUUAAAGAAAGUCAAUCACUUCAGGGAGAGUCUAUGGAGUUCUGCAAGGAAGAUUUGCCGCCAUCUUUUGUUAGAGCUCCCGUUCUCCAUCAUCGGCUCCCUCAAUGGAGUCCACAUGUUCGGGCAGAAUCUCGAGGUGCAGCUGAGCUCUGCCAGGACCGAGGAUACCACCGUGGUGUGGAAAAGCUUCCAUGACAGUAUCACUCUCAUCGUUCUGUCAUCUGAGGAGGGCACCUCGGAGCUGAGACUAGAGAGGCUCCUCCAGAUGGUAUUUGGGGCCAUGGUUCUUCUUGUGGGACUCGAAGAACUGACCAAUAUCCGCAACGUAGAGCGACUGAAGAAGGAAUUGAGGGCCAGUUACCGCCUCAUCGACAGCUUCCUGGGGGACUCAGAGCUCAUCGGGGACCUGACCCAGUGUGUGGACUGCAUGGUUCCUCCAGAGGGGUCUCUCCUGCAGGAAGCCCUGUCUGGGUUCGCCGAGGCUGCGGGCACGGCCUUCGUCAGCCUGGUCGUGUCGGGCCGGGUGGUGGCAGCAACAGAGAGCUGGUGGCGGCUGGGGAUGCCGGAGGCAGUGCUGCUCCCCUGGCUGGUGGGGUCCCUGCCGCCGCAGGCCGCUCGCGACUACCCGGUGUACCUGCCGCACGGGAGUCCCACGGUCCCGCACCGGCUUCUGACCCUGACUUUGCUGCCGGGCUUGGAGCUGUGUCUGCUCUGCGGGCCGCGCCCUCCCCUCAGCCAGCUGGAUCCACAGCUUCUGGACCGCUGGUGGCAGCCACUGCUGGACCCGCUGCGGGCCUGCCAGUCUCUGGGACCCCGAGCGCUGCCCGCUGGCUUCCCCCUGCACACGGACAUCCUCGGACUGCUGCUCCUCCACCUGGAACUAAAGCGUUGCCUCUUCACGGUGGAGCCCUCGGGAAAUAAAGAGCCUUCCCCUGGGCAGCGUCGGCACAUCCUCCGCUCCUUCUACGCCCUGGUCACGGCCGCGCACUUCCCGCCAGAGCCGGGGCAGCAAGAGGAGAAGGUGGAGAAUGCAGCCCACCGGGUCCAGGUGCCGCGAGCCUGCUACCAGGUGUCGGGAACUGAAGAGCCAGGCUCGGGAUGGCGGUUGGUGGCCCUGCAUUUGGGGCCCCGGCUGCUGCUGCUGUUGCUGUCUGCUCAGAGUCCCACCCAUGGGCUGCGGGGCCUGGCCACCCACACUCUGCAUGCCCUCACCCCUCUCCUCUGACCACUGGGCAUGAGUGACAGACAAGGACCCAGGGCUGUUAGCAUCUUUCGAUUUAUUCGCUCACAAUAAUACACAGCCCCUGGACAGGGACAGGGCAGACGGGCCACGACGGGGUCAGAUGGGAGGGGAGGAGGCGCCUGCUUCCCUGGCCCCUCUCCCCUCUGUGCUUGGGGGAGAAGAGGAGGGAGGGGGCUCCCCUUACCCCCCAGAAUGUAAACAGCAGCAGAUGAACAAAAAUAAAAAUACAAAAGGCCGGA